AUGAGGCUGAGGCGGCUGUUGCUGCGCUACUACCCGCCGGGAAUUAUCCUGGAAUAUGUACAAAAUGGUGAGCCAAAGACCAGAUCUAUAGAUCUACUUGAUCUUCGACCUAACACAGAUGCCGUAGCCUUAGUAGAAGAAAUACAAAAAGGAGAACCUCUCAUCACAGCUUUGUACAAGGAACACAUCAUACAUUUAGUAUGAAGAUUGCAAGAGAAGCUAGGGGAAAAAGAUCAAAAAUUCUAUCUUUUUCAGGGCAGAGCACUUAAAACACAUAUAUUGCCACUGAUUAAUGCAGCAUUUAACAAGUCUGGUUCCCGCUUUAUCACUGGAAGCUAUGAUAGACCCUGCAAAGUAUGGGAUACUGCAUCAGGAGAAGAGCUACAUAUGCUGGUGGGACACAGAAAUGUUGUCUAUGCAAUAGCUUUCAAUAAUCCAUAUGGUGACAAGAUUGCCACUGGAUCUUUUGAUAAAACCUGCAAACUGUGGAGUAUGGAAACAGGAAAAUGUUAUACUUUCAGAGGACAUAUUGCAGAAGUAGUAUGUUUAUCAUUUAAUCUUCAGAGCACGUUGGUGGCAACUGGAAGCAUGGACACCACAGCCAGAUCCUUAUUUGUUGGAAUAGGGCAUUCAGCAGAAAUUAUUGCAUUGUCUUUUAACACCACUGGAGAUAGGAUUACCACUGACUCCUUUGACCAUACAGUAACAGUGUGGGAUGUUGGCACUGGGAG